AGCGAGUGGAAUCGACAAGAGAAGCCGGAAUUCUUCGCAUCGCAUCAGCCAGCCCCCUCCUUUCGUAGUCAGGUCCAGUCGACAACUAAUCAUCAUCAUGCAUCUUAUGUACACCUUGGGCCCCGAUGGCAAGCGGGUUUACACCCUGAAGAAGGUCCUCGAAGGCACCGUCACUAAGAGUGCCCACCCGGCUCGUUUCUCGCCCGACGACAAGUACUCCCGGCACCGUGUCACCCUCAAGAAGAGAUACGGUCUGCUUCUGACCCAGCAAGCCGACAAGGAGGCUGCCAAGCUGUAAGAGGCUGGUUGAUGGAAUCACACGAAUGAGAUAAAAAGGUGCUUUCGAAUCAUUUACGGCGAAUGGUGUUAUCUAUGGUCUUUGGACGAUGAGAAACUUCUGUUUGGUUUCUGUGCGGUGCCUAGGGCCGGGAUCUUAGGAUGGUCAAAUAUACCUUCGAAGAAAUUUGCUCUAUAUCCGUUGCCUAGCAUAUGCUAUAUGCUCUAUAAAUUGUUGAAUUUCAACCAUCAUAA